ACACCAUAACCAUAAGGUAAACUGGGAAGGAACUGAGCACUAGAACUUUUCACAUGAAGAUGAAACAGAGGCUUAAAAAAAGAUGAAACAGAUGGAAAGGGAACAAUUCUUUAAAGAAGUUGUUGCAGCUUCUGUUAGGUAGUGUUCGCCUUGGACAUCAGAGAGAGACUCCUGAGGUGCUACCUGCUUUUGUCUCUGUCUUCAUUUUCAGAUUCAUGAGACUGUACUGGCUAAUCACAGACAACACUUACCGAUGGCUGCUGCAGGCCAAGCCUUUUUCUAAGCCUUUUACAUGGAUUAAUGACUCAGUAUCACAUCCUCAUGAGGGAGAACAGCCCGGGAAGUGAAUGUUCUUUUGCCCUGCUGUCUUGAGUGCUAGUUCCUACAAGUGUCUGCAUGCUGACUCCUGGAAACUAAGAAUCACCUACUACUGGCCCAAAACAGGUUGGCUUGAAGAUAGACCUUGAUCGCUGACAGAUACAUUCCCGUGGAUGUUUUUCACCUGAGUUCAUUUAUCUCUUUUGAAGUGGAAGAGCUGGGAGUACCCGGAGAAUAGAUUUGACAUCAACAGAACACUGAGUUUUCUCAGGUGGCUCAUCGGAUAGAAAGAAAAGAAUACAACUGUGGAAAAGAAUGACCAUGAGAGGAACACAAAAAUACUAAAGAGACUUUUUGAAGCAUUUCAUGACCAAGUGAUACAGAAAGGAACCAACACUGGCAAGAUAUAGUGAAGAUAAUGUCUGAAAGUAAACUGUCUUCCAGAAAGGAACAGCAAGGAGUUUAUGUGACAGAUAGCUAGUACCUGGUGAGCUGGCAUCCGUCGACUUCUCAUCUGAGGACCUCGAACAUAUCUUCCUUCAGCCCGUCUCUUCAGAAUAGACAGAGAGACUCGUCAUUGAAGGAUCAUUGCAUGUAAAAAUCCCUGUGGAACUCACAGGGUCACCUCACUGUGUUCAACAGAAAGAGAAAUUUCUAACUUUCUCAACCAAAUUACUAGAAGAACUUCAGAGUUAAAACUUUUCCAGCAAUAUAGAAGAUAGAAAGCUGGAGCGGACAACGCGUGCCUUCUUGUGCAUACAUGCGACCAUUUCUCUAAUGGAAUUGCUGAAUAUCAAACUCUCCUGGAAAAACAUCAGAGACUAUGUCACAAAAGGUCCCUAAGAAAAAUUACCGAAUGGAAAACCAUACAACUAGAAACGACAGCUCUGCCAAACUUUGCUGUGUGGCCCUGGACACAUCAUUUCAUCAUGAUUUUCAUAAACAAUGAGUGGCAUAAUUCAGUGAGUGGCAAGAAAUUUCCUGUCUUUAAUCCUGCAACCGAGGAGAAACUCUGUGAAGUAGAAGAAGGAGAUAAGGAAGAUAUUGACAAAGCAGUGAAGGCUGCAAGAAAGGCUUUUCAGAUCGGCUCUCCAUGGCGUACUAUGAAUGCUUCGGAGAGGGGGCGGCUCAUCUACAAGUUGGCUGACUUAAUUGAAAGAGAUCGGCUUCUCCUGGCAACAAUGGAAUCAAUGAAUGGUGGAAAACUCUUCUCCAGUUCCUAUCUGAUGGAUUUGGGCGGUUGCAUCACAACCUUGCGCUACUGUGCGGGAUGGGCUGACAAGAUCCAAGGCCGCACAAUACCCAUCGAUGGAAACUUUUUCACUUACACAAGACACGAGCCUAUUGGUGUAUGUGGCCAAAUCAUUCCUUGGAAUUUCCCGCUGGUCAUGCUCAUUUGGAAGAUAGGGCCUGCCCUUAGCUGUGGAAAUACGGUGGUUGUAAAACCUGCAGAACAAACUCCUCUCACUGCUCUUCACGUGGCGUCUUUAAUCCAAGAGGCAGGUUUCCCUCCUGGAGUGGUGAACAUUGUCCCUGGCUACGGGCCUACUGCUGGGGCGGCCAUUUCCUCCCACAUGGAUAUAGACAAAGUGGCCUUCACGGGAUCCACGGAGGUUGGCAAGAUGAUCAAAGAAGCCGCCGGGAAAAGCAAUCUGAAGAGGGUGACCCUGGAGCUGGGGGGGAAGAGCCCCUGCAUUGUGUUUGCCGACGCUGACCUGGACAAUGCCGUCGAAUUUGCACACCACGGCUUGUUCUACCACCAAGGGCAAUGCUGUAUAGCCGCAUCCAGGCUUUUUGUGGAAGAAUCGAUUUACGAUGAGUUCGUUCGACGGAGCGUCGAACGGGCUAAAAAGUACGUCCUUGGAAAUCCUCUGACCCCAGGAGUCAGCCAAGGCCCUCAGAUCGAUAAGGAACAGUAUGAAAAAAUACUUGACCUCAUUGAGAGUGGGAAGAAGGAAGGGGCCAAACUGGAGUGCGGUGGGCGCCCGUGGGGGAACAAAGGCUACUUCAUCCAGCCCACGGUCUUCUCUAACGUUACAGACGAGAUGCGCAUUGCCAAAGAGGAGAUAUUUGGACCAGUGCAGCAAAUCAUGAAGUUCAAAUCUUUAGAUGACGUGAUCAAGAGAGCAAAUAACACUUUUUAUGGCUUAUCAGCAGGAAUCUUUACCAAAGAUAUUGAUAAAGCCAUCACAGUCUCCUCUGCUCUGCAGGCUGGGACAGUGUGGGUGAAUUGCUAUAGCGUGGUAUCUGCCCAGUGUCCCUUCGGUGGAUUCAAGAUGUCCGGAAACGGAAGAGAACUGGGAGAAUAUGGUCUCCACGAAUACACAGAGGUCAAGACGGUUACAAUGAAAAUUUCUCAGAAGAACUCAUAAAGAAAGCACAAGAACGGAGCGAAGCAUCCUCAAUGACUAAGCAUCUCCUACAGUCACUAAUACAUUGUAGUGGGUUUUAAAUACAAAACUUCUGUUCUUGAUUUUUCUUAAACAUCAGCUAAUCAUAUUAGCAUUAAAACUACACAUAGAAAACUUGACAUGUAGCUUAUUCUGAAAGAAUCUUGUAUCUUCUGAUAUGUGACACCCCCCCCCCAAGUCCUAUCUGUAAAAAAAAAGGACGGAUCUGAUGUAACAGCUCUCCAAACUCCAUAAUGGCCAUGCACUAUUCUUUGUAGCUACUUGUCCAGGAUAAUCAUGUUCUAGAAGAGGACCAGUUGUCAUGUAGCUUCUUUCUCUAAUGACCCCAUAAAGUCCUUAACACACCUUUGAACUGCAGAAUAGAUCUGUUCUGUUCCCAGUAGUUGUGAAGUCACUGGAGUUUGUUGAGAUGUCGCCUAGAAUGUCGUGUCUGCUUGUCAAAGGAAGUAAUGCCUGAAGUACUUCGCUGUAACCUAAACAUAAAGCUUAAUAAAAACAACCUUGCAUGA